AUGUACGGGCUCUUAUUGGAAAACCUCUCGGAGUAUAUAAAAAAAAUGUACGGCGAAGAUAGAUGGGAAGAGAUUCGGCGAAUGGCCAACGUGGAUCAACCUAGUUUUAGUGUACACCAAGUCUAUUGUGAAACGCUUAUUCCACGACUAGCGAAAAAAUCCCAACAAGUACUAGGAAUUACGGAGAAAGAAUUUUUUGAGCAAAUGGGAGUGCAUUUUGUCAGUUUUGUUGGCCAAUACGGCUAUGAUCGAGUACUAUCGGUAUUGGGGCGGCACAUGAGAGACUUUCUAAAUGGUUUGGACAAUUUACAUGAAUAUCUGAAGUUUUCAUACCCAAGAAUGCAAGCACCUUCGUUCAUUUGUGAAAACGAAUCUAGACAAGGAUUGACAUUACAUUACCGUAGUAAACGUCGUGGCUUCGUGUACUAUACAAUGGGCCAAAUAAAAGAAGUGGCUAGGCAUUUUUAUCACAAGGAAAUGCGCAUUGAACUAGUUCGUGAAGAGAUUUUAAUGGAUACAGUGCACGUGACGUUUCAAUUGAAAUUUGAUAAUAGAGCGUUUACAUUAGCAUCGAUGACAAUGACGAGGGAGGAAAAACAUCUUCCAAUAAGUGCAUCGGUGCUGUUCGAAAUAUUUCCGUUUUGCAUUGUGUUCAGCUCCAACAUGAUUGUUCAAAGCAUUGGCAAUUCAUUGAUGGUCAUUUUACCAGAUCUAGUUGGAAAACGGAUUACUAAUUGGUUUGAUCUUGUUAGACCGUUGAUAGCUUUUAAAUUUCAAACGAUUUUGAAUCGAACGAACAAUAUUUUUGAGCUUGUUACUGUUCAACCAGUGCUUUCCAAUCGACCGACAGACAGGCACGUCAUUCUGAGCGAUGAAUCUUAUUUUUCUCCGGAAGAAAACAAACUUCGAUUGAAAGGACAAAUGAUUUAUAUGGACAAUUGGCAGAUGAUGAUGUACUUGGGUACGCCCGUGAUGCCUGAUCUCAAUGCAUUAGUAACUACCGGCCUAUACAUAAAUGAUCUCUCCAUGCACGAUUUCAGCAGGGACCUAAUGUUGGCAGGGACACAACAGUCAGUUGAAUUAAAGCUGGCACUAGACCAAGAGCAGUUAAAGUCAAAAAAACUGGAAGAGUCGAUGCGGAAACUAGAUGAAGAAAUGAAGCGUACUGAUGAGCUGUUAUAUCAGAUGAUACCCAAACAAGUGGCCGAUCGACUGAGGUCGGGUGAAAAUCCCAUAGACACAUGCCAAAUGUUUGACAGCGUGUCCAUAUUAUUUUCGGACAUAGUAACGUUUACCGAAAUAUGCAGUAGAAUCACCCCAAUGGAAGUGGUGUCAAUGCUGAACGCCAUGUAUUCUAUAUUCGACACGCUAACGGAACGAAACAAAGUUUAUAAGGUCGAAACUAUCGGCGAUGCAUAUAUGGUUGUUUCGGGCGCACCGAUGACUGAAGACAAUCACGCAGAGAAAGUUUGUGAUAUGGCAUUGGAUAUGGUUGAUGCGAUUACAGAUCUAAAAGAUCCAUCGACAGGGUCUCAUUUGCAAAUCCGCGUGGGCGUGCAUUCCGGAGCAGUGGUAGCUGGUAUUGUCGGUUUGAAGAUGCCUAGGUACUGUUUGUUCGGUGACUCGGUCAACACUGCGUCCCGAAUGGAAUCCACAAGCGAAGCCAUGAAAAUUCAUAUAUCACAGACCACCAGGGAUCUGAUUUCGGCAUCGUACAUGGUCAAAGAACGUGGUGAGAUUUACGUGAAAGGAAAAGGCGCCAUGAAAACGUAUUGGUUGGAACACCGGGAAAGCCGACCUCCAUUAAGUCGGGUGCUACCACUGGCCAAUUCCGAUGUACCAGAGUUGGAGUGGGAGCGUAGUGCCGAUGCUGUAUUCGAUAUUGUGGAACGCAACACAGAUAUGAACAUGCAGUUGGCCGAAGACAGGAUUAGGACAUACUCACCGGUGACAUUUCAAGAAGUGGCAAGGCACUCGAUAUCGCGUUCACCAGUUAGAGAAUACUACCGAGAGUCUAGAUCAAACUCAAUAAGUUGCACACCCAUCGUUUCACAGAAAGAGCUGCAACGAUUGACGUGUCUGAACAGGAGUUCGUCUCCACUGUCACGAUUCACGAGGAAAAUCGAACAACUACCAAAGCCCGACUCCACUUCGACUUCGGCUGCCGUUGUCGCCGUCCAGAGGCACAGAUUCGUGAGAAAUGCGGGCGGUGGUCGUGGCGGCACUCAGACGGCUCCGUCAUCACCAGAGACACACAAGGAAGAGGAUACGCUGGCCGAGUCGUCACCGAUACUUCCGUUGGAACUUCCCGAACCACCUUCUGUGUCAACGCCAUCACCGCCACCGCAUCCACCACCGCCACCACCACCACCGCCGCCGGCUACCAAGUCCAAUCCCGUGCUGGUGCACGUUGCCGAUUACGUUUCUUCCGAUUGCGUGGACAGCGUCGAUUCGGACGACCAGCGAUCGCUGCAGACCCACGAGGUCGACCUAGGCAGAUCCGACGACGAAGGGUCUGAUGACCACCCGCAUCCUUUCCCGGAAUCUUCCGAUGACGAUCUACCCCCGGACGACGACGACGACAUUGAUGAUUUGGACCUAUCUUCGGUGGAUCCAACCACUCCGCUACCCCCAUUGUCGUCACCGUCGGCGUCGCCCACAGGUGCCCGAGCGGUGACCGCGUCCAAGUCAGACGGACAGAUAUAUGGCCGGCGGCGGCAGCGGUGUGACGAACUCGAUGACGACGUGAGUACGUCCAGCCUGAACCGGCAGACCCAGUGCUGCAUGAGCUUCAAAGCACACCCUAAGUCGUCUAGGAAGCGAUCGCAGUCCCAUUCUUGCAAGUUGAUCUGA